UUCUUAUAAAUGUGUUUAAAAGCAUGAAUUUAAUGGUGAAAGUGAAAACUAUGAAGAAAUGUAGAAGUCGUUGUGUCCACUGGAUCUAUUACGUCUCUGUGUAACUUUGUGUCCAACACCUUGUGCUUUAAGAUUACUUCUCACAAGCUGCUCCGACAUGGAAGACUCCCUGGACGACACGUCGGAUCUCUUCUCUCAUCCAGAUUUGUGGGAAAAUCAAAGCUUCUUGUUCAACAUGACGGCUGCCAACAAAAGCUCUGUUUUGGAGGCCACCAUGUCGCCGGUGAUGAAUACAACCAUCAACAUACUCAUGCUAAUCAUCGUUUUCAUCACGAUGGUUUCGCUGGGAUGCACCAUGGAGUUGUCCAAGAUGAAGCGUCACAUAGUGAAACCUAAAGGGGUGGUGAUAGCAGUGCUGGCACAGUAUGGUGUCAUGCCUCUAAUAGCAUUUUGCCUGGUUAAGGCCUUCCAGCAGACUGGAAUCACGGCUGUGGUGGUUAUGAUCUGCGGCUGCUGUCCUGGAGGAGUCCUCUCCAACAUCAUGGCCCUGGCUCUGCAGGGAGACAUGAACCUCAGCAUUUUGAUGACGUCCUGCUCCACGUUGCUGGCUUUUGGCAUGAUGCCUCUGCUGCUCUUCCUCUACUGUCGGGGCUUCAACCUGCAGAAUGUCGUACCCUACGUCGACAUCACCAUAUCGCUGGUCAUGAUCCUCAUACCCUGCGGCAUCGGCAUCCUCAUCAACCACUACAGGCCGCAGUACACCAAGACCAUCUCAAGGGUGGGCCUCACUUUCAUGGUAAUUGCUGUGUUGGGGGUCCUCAUCGUUUGCACUUUUGCCGUCGGAAGCUCAGUCCUGACGGUGCUGUCUCCUCCCCUCAUGGCCACCAGCGCUCUCAUGCCCUUCAUAGGCUACUCCUUCGGAUACAUCAUCUCCUCGAUCUUCAGACUCAACCAAUCGGAGAGGAGGACCGUUUCGAUGGAAACAGGCUGUCAGAACGUCCAGGUGUGCUCCACCAUUCUGAAACUGGCCUUUCCCGUGGAGGUGAUCGGCCCUUUGUUCCUGUUCCCCAUGGUCUACGGAGUCUUCCAGAUUGUGGAGGCGGGGCUACUCAUCCUGCUGUUCAGGUGUCACCAAAGAUUCACACUCAACAAGAAAGAGAAAUACCAGCCAGCCAUCACUGAGGACCAAAAGAAAGAGGCCUCUGAGGAGAGUGUAUGACGGACGCAUGUAAAUAUAAUUUUUACUAAUGUGAACACUUUCUGACCAAAGUGUCUGCUGCAACUCUAGCAACAAAUGAUGUAUAACUGCAGGACAUCCAUUUUGUGCCAAGUCCUUUUUGAUUAUGAGAUUUAUACGUAUAACCUGAAUUUAUCUUUGUAUAUUUUUCAUUGUUUCAGUCCACCAUAGAAACAUCCAUCAUAUUUUUCACUGAAAAUAAAAUCCUUACGUACAAAAAUGUUGCUUUUUUUGUUUUCAAACUCUUGUCUACAAGUUCAUUUAAACCACAGUAACAGACACAGUACCUACACACAUUCUUGGAAUUACAUUAUACACACUGUAUGUAAAACAAAAGUCAGCAAUGCUGUACACAAAACCCUAAUCCAAAAAAUAAAAAUGUAAUUACAAUGCUAGAAUAAACUGCAUUCUUUAAACAACAUUUUUGAAUGUUGAAAUCAAAGUGUUGACCUUAUCCUCAAAGUAGUUUUACAUCUGCCAUCAAAAUAAAAGUGGACAGUCAACGGCAAGAAGAUGUAAGAUCCAUCACAUUAACAGUUCAUUUACUGUACAGCUGUUUAACUGUUGAACUCUGUGCACAUCUGCAGUGUUUCUUGAUACUGCCAAUAAUACAACUCUAAAUUUUGAUCAAACAAAAAUCACAUGCAGGUAUAGAUAUCUCACACACACACACACACACACACACCAGCUGUCCAAGC